CGCCAAUUCUUUUUUUCUUUUUCUUUUGUCUCAUAAGCAUUUCUUACAAUUACUUUUGCACCGGAAAGUUCCUUGCAUGACCAGCAUUAAAGAAAAAUAAAUAAAGUUAAGCAAACUACGACCUCAUUCGUGGUUUUAUGAUUCUUCCAUGGCCUUUAAAAGAACAAUAUAUAAAUAGCUGACCUUGUUGGUACCUGUUAAGUUAACAGAUAGUCGUUUGAUCGUCACCAUCAUUCUUCACUUUCUGCGAGUUUUUUUAUCCAUCUUAAAACCUUCAUCAUUUUGAUUUUCAAACAGAAACUUUAUAUCUUGAUACUGUCAAGAGCAUUACAUACGUUUUCUGUUGAUAAAGAUGACUAUAACUGCCGCAUCUUGCAUCGCGAAUGGCCGCCUUACGGUGAGAAGCAAGGUGGUCUUGACCGCAGUUCCAGAAAACAUCGUCAUUUUACCGGCAAGUUGCAACUCUGCUUUCUUGGGCGCUACUUCUAAGACUCCGAGUUCACGCCAUGUCUUUAGCCUUGGAGUUCUUGGGGGAUACCGAUUCUUGUGCCUCUUUAGAGUCAAAAUAUGGUGGAUGAUACCUCGAGUGGGAAAAUCUGGCUGCGAAAUUCCCAUGGAAACUCAAAUGCUUCUGCUGGAAAUAACAGAGGACUCUGCAGUUCAUGAUCAGAUUUCUCCUGAUCAGACAUCAACUAGCAGCAACACCUUCUACAUACUCUUGUUGCCAGUCUUGGAUGGACAAUUUCGAACCAGUUUGCAGGGGACUUCCGCAAAUGAGCUCCAGUUCUGCGUUGAAAGUGGAGAUGCUAAUAUUCAGACCUCUCAAGUAUUUGAAGCAGUAUUUAUGAACUCAGGGUACAAUCCCUUCGAGCUCAUCAAGAAUUCUGUCAAGAUAUUGGAAAAGCACAAGGGAACAUUUUGCCAUAUCGAUAACAAGAAGAUCCCUAUGCAUUUAGACUGGUUUGGAUGGUGCACUUGGGAUGCUUUUUAUGCUGAAGUUAAUCCACAUGGAAUUGAAGAGGGGCUUCAAAGAUUCUCGGAAGGUGGGUGUUCUCCAAAAUUCCUUAUUAUUGACGAUGGAUGGCAGGAUACAGUAAAUGAGUUUCGCAAAGGCGGCAAACCUCCAAUUGAAGGGAUACAGUUUGCAAGUAGAUUGGUUGACAUCAAAGAGAAUAGUAAGUUCAGGAGUUCAGGCUCAGAGGGUACCUGCACCAAUCUCCGCGAGUUCAUUGGCACAAUCAAAAAGAAAUAUGGACUAAAAUUUGUUUACAUGUGGCAUGCUUUAGCUGGGUACUGGGGAGGUAUCCUGCCAUCAUCUGAAGCAAUGAAAAAGUACAAACCAAAGCUUGUGUAUCCAAUUCAGUCGCCCGGUAAUGUAGGGAAUCAGAGAGACAUUGUUACAGACAGCUUGGAAAAUUAUGGAGUUGGAGUUAUUGAUCCCAGCAAAAUAUCUGAUUUUUACAAUGAUCUCCAUAGCUAUCUGGCAAGCUGUAGUGUGGAUGGAGUCAAGGUAGAUGUUCAGAAUUUGAUUGAAACAUUAGGUUCUGGAUAUGGAGGACGAGUGACGUUGACUAGACAGUAUCAAGGAGCACUUGAGCAAUCUGUUGCAAGAAACUUCAGAGACAACAAUCUAAUUUGCUGCAUGAGUCACAACUCGGACUCAAUUUAUAGCUCGAAGAAAAGUGCAGUUGCAAGAGCAUCAGAGGAUUUCAUGCCAAGAGAGCCAACAUUGCAGACCCUACAUAUCGCAACUGUAGCUUUUAACAGCCUUCUUCUUGGGGAGAUUGUUGUUCCAGACUGGGACAUGUUCCAUAGCAAACAUGAUACAGCUGAACUCCAUGGUGCUGCAAGAGCAUUAGGUGGAUGUGCAGUAUAUGUGAGUGACAAGCCAGGCAAUCAUGAUUUCAACAUCCUGAAGAAGCUAGUACUGCCUGAUGGGUCUAUCCUGAGAGCUAAACAUGCUGGCCGUCCAACUAGAGAUUGUUUAUUUGUAGAUCCUGUAAUGGAUGGGAAAAGUCUAUUAAAGAUGUGGAACUUGAACAAGUUAUCUGGGGUCAUUGGAGUCUUUAAUUGCCAAGGAGCAGGAAAUUGGCCUAUGAAACUAGCAGCCGAAGAAACGACCCCUGCAGCAUCCACGCCUUCACCGCUUUCCAGCCAUGUGAGACCUAGUGAUGUUGAGUUUCUUGAAGAGGUGGCAGGUGAAGAUUGGAAUGGGGAUUGUGCAGUCUAUGCCUUCAAUUCAGGAUCUCUCUCUGUACUGCCAAAGAAUGGAAGUAUUGAAGUGUCCUUAGGCCCGCUUGAAUGCGAAAUAUAUACGGUCUCUCCAAUUAGGGAAUAUGGUCAGAAUAUUCUUUUCGCCCCAAUAGGACUGCUAGAUAUGUACAAUUCUGGGGGAGCAAUAGAAGCUGUAAGCUGCAGGAUGGAUGCUUCAGAAUGCCAGAUGAACGUAAAGGCACGAGGCUGUGGCCGAUUUGGAGUCUACUCAAAAACUAAACCAAAGUAUUGUAUGGUGGAUAGUAAGGAAGACGAUUUCACUUACAAUGCAGUAAAUGGACUUUUGACUGUUAAACUACAAGGCGAAUGCAAUUUGAGAGAAAUUGAAAUUAUCUAUUGAGGUAUAAUUACUGAAAUACUAAACUUUCCAGCUUGUGGGUGGGGCAAUUUAGGAGAAAUUGACAUUCAUUGGUUUUGAGGAUUUCUGCUGUGCAGUUUCCACAUUUUAUUUUUAUUUGGUUUUCUUUGUGCAGCAACUGUGAAUAAUAUUUACAAAUGUAAAGAUGUAACUAAAGCUUGGUGUAUUUUGCUAUUAAAUGGAACUAAAAAAAUUGUUUUC